GGCAACCAGGGAGGGAUAGCGAUAUGUAGCAAUGUACCGUACAUUAGGCUGGCAACCUUCAGUGUUAACGUAACUCUCAAUAGCGGAACAUCUGUGUAUUCCCUCUGUAUCAUACAUCUGUUACUCGUCAUCAGGUGUGAUGUGGGCCCGGGCAGCAGGGAGCCGAGGUCUAUCCUUGGUCAGACACUUCACCUCCUCCUUCCCGAAGCCUUACACAGUUCCUGAAGGCUCAUGGGGUGCCAACAGGGCGGCACGUCUAGAGUUGGCAGCAGCAUACAGAGGAUUGGAUUUGCUUGGUCUUAAUGAAGGUGUAUCAAAUCAUCUGAGCGUGAUGGCUCCGCGGGCAAAUGGUGAAGGAGAUGUGAUGCUGGUCUUCCCAGAAGGUCUUCACUGGAAGGAGGUAACAGCCAGUAAUCUGGUGGGGCUCGAUAGUGAUGCUCAGACAAUAGAGGGAGAAGGAUCUCCUGAAACCACUGCAUCUUGCAUCCAUCUCUCCAUCCACAAGAUGCGAUCAGACAUCCGGGUUAUCAUGCACACUCAUCAGCCUUACGUUUCUGCCCUUGCUAGCCUUGAAGACAGUGAGAUGAAGAUGGUUCAUCAGAACUCCCUUAGGUUCUGGAAGGACAUAGCCUAUGACCCUCACUACAGUGGCGUUGCCUAUGCCUUUGAGGAGGGAGAGAGGAUGGGAAAGAUACUAGGUGACAAACAUGUCCUGAUAAUGGGCAAUCAUGGAGUCCUUACUGUUGCUCCAACUGUAUCCAUGGCCUUCGAGAUGCUCUAUUACCUGGAACGGGCAGCGAUGACUCAGAUACUGGCAAUGUCUACCAAGCAGAAGUUACGAGAGAUCUCAGAAGAAGUAAUCAAAGCAAUGUUUCCAGAAUACAUGAAGCGAGCCCAGAAUUAUGCUGAUGUGUUUUUCUAUGCUUACUACAGACUCCUAAAGCAGUCACAACCUGAUUUUGAACAGUGAUACAUCUUGCCUUUGUAUAUGCAUCUAUGCAGUGAUGCAAGGCCCAGUUUGCCUAAUAAACCGAGUUUUCCUAAA